UGAAACCUGUUUUGAUCAUUGGAAAAAUUGUAAAAGAAACAAAAAAUUUUGUCAUCACCCUUCCUAUCGAGUUAUGAUGAAAAAGAAUUGUGCUAGAACUUGUGGUUAUUGUAAACCUUUAAAUGAAAAAGAAAAAAUAAAUGAAAAACAUUCUGGGAAAGAAUUGAAACAGAGGGAGAAAAAAGAUUGUAGAGAUGCCCAUCCUUUUUGUAAAGGUUGGGCAAAAAAUGGUUAUUGUGACAGUGAUGAAUAUUCUGAGGACGAGAAACGUGAAAAAUGUUCACAUACUUGCGGUCUUUGUUGA